ACGAUCUUUGCCUCCCAGCGUCUUGACGUGUCAGCGGGCACAGUGAGGGAAGUUUCCCAUCUUAGAUGUCUUUACUUUGAAACAGGCAACAUGUCUUAAAUCCACUUUGAUUUCAGGCCAGGAGUCAUGUCCCCGCUGCAGUGUGUCGGCAGGUCAACAUGCAGUGGAGAAGACACAUCGCUGGCCUCGCUUUUAGCUUCAUUUUCGUUGUAUCAUAUUUCACUAAUAAGUUUGUCCUGUCGGUGUUAAAAUUCACAUAUCCAACUUUAUUUCAAGGAUGGCAGACGUUUAUCGGGGCGGUCCUGCUUCUGCUCUCUGGGAAGCUGGGAUGGGUGGAAAUGAGCCGCAUCACCAGAUCAGCAGCUCUAUCCUGGCUUCCAGGCUCCCUCCUGUUUGUAGGAAACAUAUACGCCGGUUCUAGAGCUUUAUCGCACAUAGACAUUCCUUUUUUCUUCACUCUUCAGAAUACCUCUCAUGUUGUUAGUUACAUAAUCUUGAAGGCCGUCCAUAGAGAGAAAACACAAUGGAUGAAACUCACUGGCUUGUGCCUCAUGCUGAUCUCAGCCGUCAAUCUCCCCCGCUAUGAUCCUCAGUUUGACCAAAGCGGUUACCUGUGGGCUGUCGGUCAUCUGUUCUGUGUUGGUGCAUACAGGGUGUUUCAAGUUCGCUACAAGCCCAGUAAUUUGAGUGACCUUGAACAACAGUGCAUCAACUAUUUGUUCAGUGUACUGCUGCUGGCCAUUGCUGCUCACCCAACAGGUGACCUCAUGGGUGCCAUGGAGUUCCCCUCUCUUCAGUCCUACACAUUUCACUGCGGCUGCUGUGCCAGUGCACUGCUGGGGUUUUUGUUGCUGUUGGCCACAGUCAGACUGAAAAGUGGAUUUUCCCUUGAGCACUUUGGCAUCUGGAUCUUUAUGUCCAAGGUAACUGCCAUGUGCCUCUCUCCAUUUAUUUUCAACAUGGACUUUAAUGUUCCAGCUUUUAUCUGUGUGGUCGGCAGUCAUGUCGGAGAGGCCCUGCUGGUGUACUCUGAGAGAGAAUAAACACUGUGAUGAGAUUAACCCACAGCUCACACGUCCUAAAGAGAUUUCUUUUCUAAAAAAAGUUUUAUUUUUUCACAUUAUUUUUGUAAUUUCUCAUCUGUGCGCAGAUGCUGACUGAAUAAAAUGAUCUUUGUGUA